AGCCAUUUGGGCUCGAGCCACCAGUUCGAGCCUUUGGUUCAAGGCCUCUGGAGUUGAGGCUUUGCUUCGCUCUGUUGGGCGUGCCCAGCAGCUCUGCUGUCGCAGGGCCGGUCCGUCGGACCGACAUCGAGCGCUCGCUCAGCAGCCUCCAGGGCAGGAUGGGAAGCUGCGUCGAGGCCUUCAUUCCGCACGGCGAUCGUGUGGACGAUGUGGGCAAUGAGGACGCUGGCGAGAAUGGCUCCUUGACCACAUCUAGAGACAGAGAGGCGCUAGCUCCUAUCGGGUACCGCUCAGACGUGGAUGGACUGCGAGCCGUCGCUGUGCUGAGCGUCAUCGCCUACCACAUGAACACAGGAUGGCUGCCAGGAGGCUACGCCGGAGUCGAUUUUUUUUUUGUCAUCUCUGGAUAUGUUGUGACUGCGUCUCUGCUCGGUCACUCGUGCGGCAGCUGCUCGGAGUUCUUCUGCGGUUUCUACGCCCGCAGGGUCAAAAGGCUGACCCCAGCGCUGCUAAUUUCCAUGGCGUCAUGUGGACUCUACAUCGCCAUCAUGGUACCGCCCAUGACUCCUCACUUGGAGGACAACUUCGCAGCCGCCGCCAGUGCGCUCUGCGGCGCUUCCAACGUGUUCUUCGCGCGGCUCUCCCAGGCGACUGGCGACGGCUACUGGGACGCGAUGACGGGGCAGAGCAGGAACGCCGCCAAUCCAUUCGUGCACACCUGGUCUCUUGGCGUAGAGGAGCACUUCUACCUCGUGUUUCCCCUUCUCGUCUUGCUCGCGCACGGCUGCCGAGUUGUUGCCUCGGCUGGCUGCCGUCCGCCAUGGCCGGCAUCCCUCAUCAUCUUUGGGGCGUCCGCUGUGCUCUCCGGUUGUGCAUCGCGGGUGAUGACCGUGCACGUCCCAGACAUGGCCUUCUAUCUGCUGCCCGCGCGCUUCUGGGAACUGGCGGUCGGCGCCAUCCUCGCCGACGCCCACGCUGCUGGGAGGCUGGACAUGACAGCGGACGGGAGAAGCGCAGCAGUGGUGGGGGCUCAGGACCUGGUGGCCACACUGCUAAUAGCCUCGAGCCUCGUGCUUGACACGGUCGGCGUGGGCUUCCCCUUUCCCGGCGCGCUGCUUCCCGUGGCGGGCGCCGCUUGCGUCAUCAUGGCAGGGCGGUGCGAGUCGAGCGCCCUGAGACGCGUCCUGGGGCAGGAGCUGCCAGUGUACAUCGGCAAGCUGUCCUAUCCUCUCUACCUGUGGCACUGGCCUGUUCUUAAGUUCGCUGAGGGUACUGUGUUGGACGAUAUGCCCGUCGCCUGGAGGUACCUCCUGCUGCUCUCAGUCAUGCUCGCGCUGGCCUCUGCGACGUACCACGCGGUGGAGGAGCCUUUCCGGUCUUGGCGGCCCAAGGCCCACUGGCACGCGUUCGCCAUGUUGCUGCCCGCCGCUGUCGUCUUGGCGGGCUGCAUGCUCGCACUUCGCGGCCCGCUGUUCGGCAAGCUGAGCGUGUCGGCAGGAAACUCAGAGGCCCCUUCCGCAACCAUGGCCUCGACCUCGAGCAGCCCAGGGGAACACGGCCACCUCGAGCAGCUCGCCCCCGCGAGCCAUGACCUGGCUUUAACAGCUUGCGCGUGCGGCAGGGUUCCUGAAUUCACGCAUGCGCCAGCGACUGCUAACGAUGGCAGGGAUGGUCAGCCAUCUUGCUUGGACAUGAGCGGUGGCUCUGAGCUGAACAAGAGCUGCUGGGCCGUCUAUCAUCGUUGCAGCGGCGAUGAAUGGUGCGACGGUGAGUGCGAGCUUCAAGGGAAAAACUGCACGCAGGAGAAGCGCAUGGACGAAGCCUUGAUCGAGCUCUUCGACAGGCAGAAGCGGCAGUGCUUAUCGCCAGCGACAGGAGCACAGAGGAAGCCCACGAUCUUCUUAUUGGGUGACUCGCACGCGCUCUUCUUCAAGCAUGCUCUGACGCAAGCAGUGAGCGGCAGAUUUGAUGUGCGUUCGUGGGCGAGCGUCCACUUCAUCGAUGGCUUUUGGGAAUCCAAUCUUGAUCCCCACAGAGGAUAUCCAAGUAAAAGGUAUCAUGCCGAGCUUCGGGAGCUGAUUGCAGACGAUCUGGUGCCUGGCGACAUCGUAGCCAUCGGCCUAUUCAUAGAUGGGGUGAUCGGCUCACAAAUUGACAUUGUCACGUCCUUCCUGAACGAUUGGGUAACACUUGCCGACAAUAAGAGUGCCAGAGUCCUCAUGCUUGGGGAUCAUCACUCGUACAUUCAAUACUGGCCAGACGUCCCCACGAAGUGCAGUAAUCUUGGGUUGCCGGCAGAUCUGCGCAGUCAUUGUUUUCCUAAAAAACAGGACGUGAUGAACUCGGCGAUCACCUUGAGGCUUCGGGAGUUGCAAAGGACUUCCAGCCUGUUGCUCUUUGAGUACAGGGACCUCUUCUGUCACGGGGACAUUUGCAUGCCCUUCAUUCCUGGCAGCAACGUCAUGGCGUACCAGGAUCCCCAUCACUUGACGGCAGCUGGCUCCCUGUACGUGGCGCCCUUCCUCUGCGAGUUCUUGAAGAAGCAUGGGUUCCUUCAGAACGACAGCGGUAUACAGUAGAUACGUACCAGACAGGGCGAAAGCAACUCUCUAAAAAUGCUGUCAUGUGUCUCGCUUGCGUUUCACAAACUGCGCAGUUACCCUUCGCACGUCGUUGGAAACAAAGGCUAUAACGACUGUGCCCCGCGGCACUGUGCAGCUUUCCGUUUUUCUUUGCGUGCCGGCACGCAUGUCAUCAGUCAGAGUGAGGGGGCCGAACGGUCGUUCAUUGUCCCUGGGCGCGUGGCUGAAAUGGGAUUCCGCGGUGCGUGUCCCGCGCCCGCCCCCUCAUUCUUAUCCGCAAUUGCGGGGUGCUACGUAUGUUCCGUUCGUUUGCCAAUGCGCCGUCAAGGCGCAGUUGCGUUCGUUCGUUCGCUCGUGGCGCACGCUGGCGGCAGCAAAUUUACAGAAGCCAGAGGCGCGCCGACAGUAAUCUCCCGGCCGCCAGCAUGUUUUCUCUUUUCCUCUCCCCGGAUUUGUUUUCCUCUUCCCUCCGCCCUCGCACGCACGCCCUGGGACUGCGUGCCCCUCCUCCUUCUCCUUCCCUGCCCUUGUGCGUGUGCCUCCCUUUUCCUCCUUCGGCUACUCGUCCUCGGCCCUCGGCUCCCUCUCCCUCUCCCUCUCUUUCCCCUCGUUUCCCCUCCCCCGUCCGUCGGCCCGCCCGCCCCCUGUGUCUGGUCUGUCUCCCUCCCCCCCCGUCGGCUGUGGCUCUUGGCUCCCCGCUCUCCCUCUCCGCUUGUGCUUGGCCCUCUUUGCCCUUGUCUUGCUGGCCCCUUUGUCGUCCAACUCGGCGCCCAGAGGGGCCUCGGAGUUCGCCAGUGCCGUUCUGUUGCGCGCAGAAGGCCCCCCCGCCGCCGGGCGUCCAGAGAGGGCGUGAUAUCAGGGCGCGGUGCGGGCGCGCGCGAACGGGCCUGGCGGAGGGACCGCGCCUCACCAGGCCUCCCCGCCGCCGGACGCCCAGAGAGAGCGACCCUUCGCCUCCCCCCCUCUUCCUCGUCCGCCUCUUCCUCCUCUCCGCCUCCUCCGCCCCGGGGUGUGCUUUGAGUGUGCGAGUGUGCGGGCCUGGCGGAGGGACGGCGCCUCAGAAGGCCUCCCCGCCGCUGGGCGCCCAGAUCUGGCGACAUGUCGCCUCCCCCCCUCGUCCUCCUCCUCGUCCUCCUCCUCCGCCUCCCUCCUCGUCUGAUUCGCGGUGCCGUUCCGUGCUGGCUGCUAGGCGGCGACGCUCGGCGAUGAUGGGUCAGAGGCCUCUUGAGGGCACGGCGGAUCCGACGCUCGGCCUUCUGAGAAGCCGUGGGCGCCUUCGAGGAAGAGGGUUUGGAAAGAUUCUCGGAAGGUCGGAGGCCUUCUGAGCCUUCUGAACGCCCGCCCCUUCUGCCCUCACCCCUGGUCGCGCCGCCGAGAAAGAGUGAAAAA